AUGACUGCUGUCGCCGUUCCCACUGCGCCGUAUUCGAUGGCUUCGCUGUAUGUGGGCGACUUGCACCCGGAGGUCCAGGAGAGGGACCUCUAUGAGAAGUUUUGCCAAGCCGGCCAAAUACUCUCGAUCCGCGUUCUCCGCGAUGCUGUCACGAGGAAAUCUCUGGGAUAUGCUUACGUCAACUAUCAGCAACCAGAUGAUGCUAGAACUGCGCUUGAGCGGAUGAACUUCGACAACCUCAAUGGUCAACCGAUUCGUAUCAUGUGGUCCAACCGUGAUCCGGCUACUCGUCGCUCGGGCGCCGGCAAUAUCUUCAUCAAGAAUCUUGACAAAUCUAUCGACCACAAGGCCCUGCAUGAUACUUUCCUGUUGUUUGGACCUAUCCUAUCCUGCAAGGUUGUGCUCGACGAUAAGGGCGAAAGCAAGGGCUAUGGAUUUGUGCAUUUCGAGGAUGAGAAAGAUGCAAACGUGGCCAUCGAGAAAGUUAAUGGCAUGCUGCUCGCUGAUAAGCAAGUCUACGUCGCAAAAUUCCUACCACGACUGACGCGUCUGAAGGAACUUGGCGAAUCGACUACGUUCCUGAACGUCUUUGUCAAGAACUUCGGCUCGCACCUCGACAAGGAUGGUCUCGUAAAGCUGUUCGGAAAAUUUGGCGAAAUUACCAGCGCAGCCGUCAUGAUGGACCAAGAUGGCAAUCCCAAGGGCUUUGGCUUCGUUGCGUUCAAAGACCCGGAAGCAGCCGAAAAGGCCUGCGCUGAACUGAACGGCUACCAGCUCGAGGGCACCGACAACAAGCUGGAGGUGUGCCGUGCUCAAAAGAAGCACGAGCGCCAGCUCGAACUGAAGCGCCGCUUUGAGCUUCGCAAAGUCAGCCGACUCCAGACGUGCCAAGGCGUGAACUUGUACGUGAAGAACCUUGACGACUCUGUUAACGAUGAAAUGCUACGCACCCUUUUCGAACCGUACGGAACCAUCGUCUCUUGCAAAGUGAUGACCGAUGAGCGCGGACUCUCGAAGGGUUUCGGCUUCGUUUGCUUUGAAAAAACCGAUGAAGCCACAAAGGCCGUCUCUGAGAUGAACACUCGAAAGAUCUCGACCAAGCUGCUGUACGUGGCCCCUGCUCAGCGCAAGGAAGAUCGGCGUGCGCAGCUGGCCUCGCAGUACAUGCUGCGCGUGGCUAACAUGCGAAUUACGAACAACGGCGUGAUGCCACCUCAGUCGGUCUACCCGGCGGCCAAUACCGGUUAUUUCUUGGCCAAUCCAAUCAACAACCCUGGCCCCGGCUUUGGUGCGAUGCCGAUGUCUGGUGCCAUGAUGAACUCCCAUCCACAACGCUGGCAGCCGCAGCGUCCUCACAUGCCACCGAUGCAUGGCAUGCCACCCCACAUGGCAGGACGACGUUCAUUCGGUCCGCGUCCCGGUCCGCAUGGGAGCUCGCGCUACAACAAUCAGCACCCUGGUCAAAACCGUCAGCGUUAUUACGGAGACGCCAAUGGCGGACAGGGACUCAACAACGGCAACAACCUUUCUCUCGAGACUUUGUCUCAGGCCACUCCGCAGGAGCAGAAGCAGAGGCUCGGUGAGGCGAUCCACACUAAGCUGACGCAGAUGUUCCCGUCGUGUGAUGCUGGCAAGAUCACGGGCAUGAUUCUGGAAAUUGACAACUCGGAGUUGCUUCUGCUUCUCAACGAUGAGGAUCUGUUCAAGCAGCGUGUCCAAGAGGCCAUUCGCGUGCACGAAGAAUCUCUCCAGAAUCUCCAGAAC